AUGCCGCCAUUCAGCAAAGCAGACACCGAUUUAUACCGCAAAGAUGUGGCAUCCGGCGGUCGACAUCUCUCCCCCACAGAGCGCGAGAAACUCCUUCAACCAUACCUCCCAGACCCGUACCCUGACGCCUCCCAAAUGAACUCCAGAUCGUCCACGACAGCAACGCGCCAGAAAUCGCGAAGGCGUAAACGAAGAGUCCGCCCCUUCCUCAAGUCCAAGCUUCACCUCCUCGUUUCCUUGCUCAUCCGGUUCGUUUUCGGCGUCUACAUCCGCCUACGUCAGAUCUACCAUGCUACGUUAGAUCGUCUGUUGGCCAUUCGACACUAUCAUCAUCGCACCCCCGAGUACAUACAAAGAGAUGUGAAGAACCUUGAAAGAAUCCCAGAACAUUUGAGCGUGAUCCUCAAGUUCAAGUCAGAGGAGGAUGGUGGACUAGAAGCACUGACGGAUGAAGUGGCCGAGCUUUGUGCUUGGUCCGCAGCCGCGGGUAUCCCUCUGUUAAGUGUCUAUGAAAAGUCAGGAAUCUUGAAAACAUACAUGGCAUCUUUGCAGGAGUUGGUAAAUCAGAAGCUUGCAUCCUACUUUGGUCCCGCUCCUGCCGCACCAAGUCUGAGAAUAUUUGCUCCCAAUCACCCUUCGAUGAGUUCUUCACCAUCUCCGUCACCCCAAAUCUCGGCCCAGACGGCAAAUGGAUCGAAUGGCUCGACCGCGGCCACGAAGCGACAGCACUUGGACCUCCUCCUUCUCUCAGCGACAGACGGUCGAGAUACCCUGGUCGACCUAACGAGGACGCUAGCGGAGAUGUCGCAAGCACAAAAAAUCAGGCCAAAGGACAUAACAUCCAACCUCAUAAACGCCGAGAUCAGCGCAACCACUGCAAUCACAGACUCACGGCAGACCAAUGGCCACGGCAUAAGAUCACCGGCCAAGGAAGUCGAUGUCGGGGAGCCCGAUUUGGUUAUCGUCUUUGGCCCCUACGUGAAGCUCGACGGCUAUCCACCUUGGCAAAUCCGAUUGAGCGAGAUCUUCUGCGUCGGUGAUUCAGGGGGGGAUGUCUCUGGGAGCGGGAAUACCGGGGUGGAGUAUCAGGGUUUUCUACGGGGCUUGUGGAAAUACGCUGGUGCAGAGAUGAGGUUUGGACGAUGA